AUGGUGCAGAAACCUCUCAACGGCGGGGUCUUCCCAACUCAGGCCGGGGAGAAGAAGCACCGGGUGGGCUUCGUGGGCUUGGACCCCGGGGCCCCCGAUGGGGCCCCCGACGGGCCGGGGGCCCCCGACUCCAGCAGGGACGGGGCGCUGCUCAUCGCGGCUCCAGAGAGCAGUAAGCGGGGCAGCAUCCUCAGCAGACCCCGCUCCAGCAUCUCCGGCAGACCCGGCAGACCCAGACCCAACAAGAAAAACGCCAGCUAUCGGAAACUGCAGAAUUUCCUGUACAACGCGCUGGAGAGACCGCGGGGAUGGGCGUUCAUCUACCACGCUUAUGUCUUCCUGUUGGUCUUCUCCUGCCUCAUCCUCUCAGUCUUCGCCACCAUCAGAGAGUUUAAGGACAGCUCAGAGAAUGCUUUGUACAUCUUGGAAAUUGUGACGAUUGUGGUGUUUGGAGUGGAGUACAUUGUGAGGAUAUGGGCUGCUGGCUGCUGCUGUCGAUACAGAGGAUGGAGAGGGAGGCUGAAGUUCGCCAGAAAGCCCUUCUGUGUCAUAGACAUUAUGGUGCUGAUUGCGUCAGUAUCGGUGCUGGCAGCAGGGUCUCAGGGGAAUGUUUUCGCCACCUCAGCAAUCAGAAGUCUGAGGUUCCUGCAGAUCCUGCGGAUGCUGCGCAUGGACCGGCGUGGAGGAACCUGGAAGCUGCUUGGAUCUGUAGUUUAUGCCCACAGCAAGGAGCUGAUCACAGCCUGGUACAUCGGCUUCCUGUGCCUCAUCCUUGCUUCGUUCCUGGUCUACUCCGUGGAAAAGGAGUCAAAUGAAGAGUUUGAGACGUACGCCGAUGCUCUUUGGUGGGGACUGAUUACUCUCACCACAAUCGGUUACGGUGAUAAAGUUCCUAAAACCUGGAACGGGCGCCUGCUGGCUGCGACAUUCAGCAUGAUAGGUGUGGCAUUCUUCGCUCUUCCCGCUGGUAUCCUAGGUUCAGGCUUUGCCCUCAAAGUUCAAGAGCAGCACAGACAGAAGCAUUUUGAAAAGAGACGUAACCCUGCAGCCGGCCUCAUCCAGUCUACUUGGAGGUUUUAUGCUACCAACCUUUCCCGCACAGACCUGCAGUGCACUUGGGAUUUUUACGAGCAGACUGUGGCUAUCCCAAUGUACAGAAUUAUUCCACCCUUGAACCAGCUGGAUCUGCUGAGGAACCUGAAGGGCAAGUCAUUCAGAAAGGAGUCUCAGACAGAAACCUCCCCCAGUAAUGAAAAUGCACACAAAGACAGACUUUGUGGGUGCUGUCCGAGAAAUCUUAGUCGGAAGGCCAGUCUGAAGGACAAGGUGUUCCCCAGUCCUUCCAAGGCUCCUGUGGCCAAGGUGAAGGUCCACUCCCCGGGGCCGGAGGACGGGGCCGAGGCAAGUCCCAGCAAGGUCGCCAAGAGCUGGAGCUUCACGGAGAAGAACCGGGGGCCCAAGCACGCCUUCAGGGUCCUGGGCAAACAAAACUCAGAGGUGCUGAUUGAAAUGAGGGAUGAAGACUUUGGACACAGGAAAUCUCCAGGAAUUGAAGGUUUAAUAAAGGCGAGCAUCCCAGGAGAGGAAAUUGAUGAUAAAAGCUGCCACUGUGACUUCCUCAAUCAAGAAUUACCACCAGGGUUGAAGGUUACGAUUAGAGCCAUCUGUGUCAUGAAAUUCCUGGUGUCAAAGAGGCGGUUCAAAGAGAGCUUACGGCCUUAUGACGUGAUGGACGUGAUCGAACAGUACUCUGCAGGUCACCUGGACAUGCUGGCUCGCAUUAAAAACCUGCAGUCCAGAGUUGACCAGAUAGUUGGUAAAGGUCCUAAAGCCGAGGGAGAGGCAGCAGACGACCAGAGCAUGAUGGGACGACUUGGUAAAGUGGAAAAACAGGUGGUCUGUAUGGACAGGAAACUUGAUUUCCUGGUCAACGUAUACGUGCAGCGCAUGGGCAUUCCUUAUUCUGAAACAGAGGCCUUUUUUAACUCCAAAGAGCCGUACCCAGCCCCGCCUUACCACAGCCCAGAGGAGAUCAAGGAGGAGAAAAUAGAAAAAGAGGAGGUGAAAGUGGAAGAGCAGGUAAAGACAUGCUCAGCAGUAGGUGUGCUGUGCUCCGAUGGGUCUUUGGGAAGGAAAGAUCCUCUACUCGGUCAGUUUGCGGCAACAGCAGUGAGUACUCCGUCUGGCACCAACAGCCACCCGUCUACCUCCUGGAAGCACCAGAUGCAGCAUCCCCUCAGCCAGCCCGCCUGGGGCAGCAGCAUGGUCCACACCCCUUCACCGGUCGGCUUCGGCGACCAGUCCCCAACCCUGUUCCGCCUCCCACCUCCACCUGCUCCGGUCCAUGACCGAGCCUCCUCUGGACAGGGCGGGGGUGGAAGCGGCGGCCACGGCAGCGGCAGAGAGAGCAGCUCCCAGAGCAGGAGACGCCACCGGAGGCAGCGGUGCCAGCAGGACACCACCGCUGUGGAGAGCGACACCUCCCUCUCCAUCCCGUCCGUCGACCACGAGGAGCUCGAGCGCUCCUUCAGCGGCUUCAGCAUCUCUCAGGCCAAGGAAGACUUCUUUGGGCCGCCUUUCUUUACAGGCUCGGGAGGAGGAGGAAGUGGAGCAGGGACCGAACCGGGAGGCGGUGGACCUUCACUCUGUGCCAGGGUCAGACCUUUCAUAGCCGAAGGAGAAUCAGACACAGACUCUGACCUGUACGCUCCUUCCCCUCUGUCCUUCACUGGAGAGGUGACGUACGGGGAGAAAGGAUGGCCUGGGCUGAAGUAGGUCGGAGAACUACUCGGCUUCAGCACAAGAAGCGUGCGAGAGUCACAUAGCCAAAUGACAACUAUGUAGGGGAUUUUCAGUUAGAUGGCUUCAUGUGAAAGGUUUUUCAUUACUGACCUCAAACAAACUAAGAGAUCAUCCUUUAAACCUUUUAUGUUUGUAAGCAAACAUUUCAUAAGCAAUGCCUACUUACAGUUGCUUUGUAUACUUUUGAAUUAUUUAAAAAACAAAAAAAUAGCUAUUUAGGAUUUUUUUAAACUUAGUUUAGGGCAUUUUUUGGUUGACUAUUUUAGU